AUGGAAGAGACACAAGCCUCCGACGAGGCCGACCCCCGCACCACGCGCUUGCUCGACCGUCGGAAGCAGUUGACCGAUGCCCUUGCCGCCUCCCCAUACGACCCCAUUCUCUACCUCCAACGCGCUGCCGUCUAUUCGCACCUGGCCUACCCGGAUCUUGCUGCUGGGGAUGCCUACCGGGCGCUUCUCCUGACGGACGAGGCGCAGAAUGAGAGCUUCGAGUACCACGAACAGGCUCGAGAAUCCCUCGAGGAGUACUCGGUCACGUUGGUUCCAGAUGUGCUUCGGCACGGCGCCCUCGUAGAGGACGCCGACGCCGCCAUUGCGGAUCGCCACGGAGCCCAACACGGACUAGAGCCGUAUUCUGUGCUCGCCACCCUAGCCUCUGCCCGCUGCCUCCAAGUCCUGUCCCUCAGCCUCCUCCUUUGCGGCAGCCUGAAAAGCGCCUACACUUUCUGCGAGCGCGGUCUAGCCGUUGUCCCGGGGAACCAGGACCUGCUGGAGACCAAGGGAUAUAUCGAGACCGUGGCUCGGCAGAGGCUCUCUCUGGGGCCCGCCGAGGACAUCAAUGUCAAUCAUCUCCCCGACCGCGGCGUAGUGCGCCGCGAAGUCUACCCCUGGAACACCCAUGAACCUGACCGCUUCUGUGAGGAGACCCUCUCCUUCCUAAACAAAAAUCUCGAAGCUGUUGCACCAAAGUGCUCUGUGCGAGUGUCUACACUUCCUGUUCUUCUGGAGGGGGAAAGCGUCACUGAUAGUUAUGAGAUAAUCCCAACGUGUCGUCAGCUCGGACUGUUUGCCAAGGAAGAUAUUGGUCCUGGCGAGAUAGUCCUCCAGGAGUACACGCUCCUCACCGCCAACAACCGGCUUAAGGAGUCGACGUGCGAUGCCUGCGGGUCGGCACUGCCGCCGCUGGAGGCCGACUCGCAGGCAGUUAGCUGUCCCGACUGCUACGACACCGUCUUCUGCGACGCGUUCUGCUUCACGCAAGCGCAGGAAAAGUACCAUCCGGCAGUCUGCGAGACUGACGUCGAUUCCAUUGCCAAGGACCCAGACGCCCGGGACAUCGACCAGUCCCUCUAUCUCCUCCUCCUCUCUCGCCUCCUUGCCAUGUCGGUGCAUCAGGACAUCCACCCGUUAGAUUUCAAGGAGAUCAAAUACAUCUGGGGCGACUUCGUGCCGACGAAGACGAACGACAUCGACCUCUCGCCCAACGCCGGGCCCCCGCCCGAGUGGACUCUCCCCUUCUCCUUCAAGUACAACAUCGAGCUCCCGCUCCACGUCAUGGAGAAGAUGGACAUCGACAUCUUCGCGACCCUCCCAGAGCACGACGUCUGGGUGUUCAACACGGCGUACGCAAAGUUCCGGGGCACGGCUUCUGCGCGCCAGAACCCGCGAGACGGCCGCCCUGACCUCGCGGCCGUGCACCCGUACUGGUGCCUGGCGAACCACGACUGCAACCCCAACGUCUCCUGGGAGUGGGGCGGCAAGAUGGAGCUGCGCGCGAGGGAGAAGCGGGUGCUCGGGGGUGUCGCUGACGGAAUCAAGGCCGGCGACGAGAUCCUGAACCACUACUGCGAUGUGGAGCUGUCCGUCCAGCAACGGCGGGAGUGGGCUCAGGGUAGCCUGGGUGGUUGGUGCAUGUGCAAGAGAUGCCGCGAUGAGUCUGGGGAAUCUACGAAGCACGAGAUCAACAGGACGACGAAGCGAGUCGUGUCUGAAGAGGACUAG